AUGACAGCCUCCGUGCUCCUCCACCCCCGCUGGAUCGAGCCCGUCAUGUUCCUCUACGACAACAGCCUGGAUGAGAUCAAUAAGAACAUGGACGGGUUUCACGCCAGCAGCAACUUCGCGGCGGCGGCGGCGGCCAACCCCUGCCGCAACCUGAUGGCUCACCCCGCGCCCCUGGCCGCCCCCAGCGCGGCCGCCUACACCUCCAGCGAGGCCCCCGCCGCCGGCAUGGCCGAGCCCGCUGUCAAGCAGUGCAGCCCCUGCUCGGCCGCCGUGCAGAGCUCCUCCGGCGCCGCGCUGCCCUACGGCUACUUCGGCAGCGGCUACUACCCCUGCCGCAUGACCCACCACAACGCCAUCAAGUCCUGCGCCCAGCCCGCCUCCACCUUCGCCGACAAGUACAUGGACACCUCGGUCUCCGGCGAGGAGUUCACGUCGCGGGCCAAGGAGUUCGCCUUCUACCAGGGCUACGCCGCCGGGCCCUACCAGCCGGUGCCCGGCUAUCUGGAUAUGCCCGUGGUGCCCGCCAUCGGCGGCCCCGGCGAGCCGCGCCACGACCCCCUGCUCCCCAUGGACAGCUACCAGCCUUGGGCCAUCACCAAUGGGUGGAACGGGCAAGUGUACUGCCCCAAGGAGCAGAGCCAGCCGCCUCACCUCUGGAAAUCCACCCUCCCGGACGUCGUUACGCAUCCCUCAGAUGCAAACUCGUACAGACGUGGGAGAAAGAAACGAGUGCCUUACACAAAGGUCCAGUUAAAAGAACUCGAAAGGGAAUAUGCUACAAAUAAAUUCAUAACCAAAGACAAACGGAGGAGGAUAUCGGCGACUACAAAUCUGUCAGAGAGACAGGUCACAAUCUGGUUCCAAAACAGAAGGGUCAAAGAGAAAAAAGUGAUCAACAAAUUGAAGACUACCAGUUAAUGGAUUAAAAAUGGAGAAGCAGCAGCUCAAAGUUUCAGAACUUUUU